AUGAGCGCCCAACUCGACGUGAAUAUCGACAAGAUCGACGGCCAAAUGGUCGAGCUGAUCGAUGCCUUCGAAUCCCACCCCCAGAUCCAGCCCCCGAACACCCACCCAACCGUGUUCUUCCUCCUGGACUUCAUCCGCAACACGCACCGCAUGCUCAAGGACGUCGACCCGGCCAAGUUCGCCGCCGGCGACAGCGGCGCGCGCAACGCCGCGCAGGAGAUUCUGGGGCGCAACCAGUUCGCCAAUGUGCUGGUGAACGACUCGAGUGGCAAGCUGGCUCUUAUGACGGGGAGUGACCCGAACAACCCCGUGGACUUGGGGCCGGAGAUUAAGGCGAAGGCGAGGGCUUUGACUGAGGUUUGA